AUGGAGCAGCUCCAUCAUAGAGAGGUGAAGAUCUUUGAGAUCUUCUUGAAUGGCCCAAAAGAUGGACUUCUGGUCUUUAUUAUCUACCCACUGCAGGAAGUCCUGUGGACCUGCACGUAUAGCCUGUACCUGUGGAAGAUGUUCCGGAUUUUUGCCCUGCUGCUUUUGAGUUUUUCCAUGCCUUCAAGUGAAGGGGCCACCGGAGGCCUGAAGUUCCAAAUAACCCAGAAAGGGCUGGAAUAUGCCAAGGAAGUCGUGAUGGAGAUGCUUCUGUCACAGCUAAAGAAGGAGCAAAUCGAAGAUAAAAACAGCAGUUACAAAGUGCCACCCCUGGGGGACGUCUUCUUCUCUCUCUCAAACAUCAACAUCAGCCGACUUCAGGUGAAGGACUCGGCAGUUGGUUUUGCUGAGGGCACGGGUCUCAAACUUGCCAUCCAAAAUGCUCAGAUUGUAUUCCAUAGCAACUGGGUGAUAAAAAGCUUGUUUGGACAGGACAGUGGCACCGCUGAGAUCAGGAUCGAUCAACUGUCCCUCUUCGCUGUCCUUGGACUGGACAUGGAUGAUGGAGGACGGCCCCUGGUUCAGUGUACCAGGUGCCAUUCCAACAUUAGAGACUUGGAUAUUAAAUUUUCUGGGCCAAAGAGCCAACUCUACAAUCUGAUCAGCUUUGCUCUCAAGGGGAUCCUGAUCUUCGACGUCAAGAAGGAGGUGUGUUCAGAGCUCAAAAAAUCUGUUGACAAUCUUGCACAGCAUUUGAGAAGCAUCAAGUUUUUGGCCCAGAUAGACUCCAUAGCAGGAAUUGAUUACUCCUUGGUGAGCAAACCAGACAUUGCAGAGGUUCGAUGCAAUCUGGACUUCAAGGGGGAAUUCUUCUUGGUGAAAAAGCCCCACAGAAGCCCCUUCCUGCCCACCCCCUUCUUCCUCCCCAACCAGUCAAGCUCCAUGAUUGUUCUAGGGAUCUCCGAUUUUUUGGUCAACUCAGCAGCUUUUACGUACUUUGCUGGAAAGAAGUUACAGGUGAACUACACUGACAAGAAGAUACCCAAAAGCGUCCCUUUUCGCCUGAAUACCAAUAAUAUCGGAUUGCUUUUACCCGAGCUGAAGAAGCAGUUUCCAGGGAUGCCCAUGGAAAUGCACCUGGCAGCGUGGAAGGAACCGAGGCUGCGCUUUCGCCCCUGGGGUCUGGAGGCCACGGUCCUCGGGCGGGCCGAGGCCUUCGUGGUCCUGCCGAACAGCAGCCUGGUCUCCGUGUUCAUGCUCAACAUUGACUGCAACUUCACUGGACAGGUGUUCCUGGAAGGUGACAAUUCGGGGAAUUCCAUUGCCAAGAUCAGAGGCUCAGUGGUCCUCAACAGCUUGCGCUUGUCUCAGGAGUGGUCAAGGAUUGGUGAGAUCCAGGUGUACUUUCUGGAGAAGCUCCUGAAGAUAGCUGGGCAAGUGGCAUUAUCAAGGGUUAACAGGAAGCUCAGAGAAGGAAUGAUGCUUCCCAGAGUCUAUGGUGCCAGCUUCGUGGAUCCUGAAGUCACAAUGCAUGAGGGAUAUAUGCUAAUAAAAACAGAUCUGCACUAUCCUCUUCAGAAGACCGUUGCGUAG